AAACCGCCGCGCCGCCGCCUGGUCGCCUGGCAACGGCGAGACGCGGAGCCAUGGAGGCCGCCGAAAGCCGGGAGACCCAAGCCAGGGAGUAUCUGAGAAAACAUCGGAUCCCGGAGCUGCUGACCUACCUCACCAGCUCCCUUCUCUUUUUCCGGCCCGAACAUCCAAGAGACUAUUUAAUAACUAUAUUGGAACGUCUGAGAAUUGCCAAACUAACAGGUAUAGCCUUUCCUUUCUAUAUGGAUAACUCUAACAUCGUGUCUAUGUUUGAGAUGAUGGACCCCUCCAACAGAGGCACCAUAUCAUUUGUGCAAUAUAAAGAAGCCCUGCAAACGCUGGGUCUGUGUACUCCAGAUGAAGUUUUAAAAGAUACUGGACGUUCAAUAUCUUUGGAUAAUUUCAGGGAUGAAGUGAACAAGAGGACUGAGGAAAUAUAUGCCACAUUUUAGUAUCACCAUAAGUGGAAGAUAAUAAAGAUUCCAAAAUGUU